ACAGGGGGCGCGCACGCACAAACACACGCACGGCCUGGGCCUGAGUGAAAGACAGCGAGCGGCAGUGGCCGCAGCGCGGAUACGCACGUUUACAGUCUCCUCUCUCUCUGGCACCGUCCACUCGGUCUCGGGGCCGAGAAGAGGCGCGCGCGCGUGCGCGCACAUCCCCCAACACACAGACACGCGCGACCGAGCGUGGAGAAGGGGGAGGAAGAGGAGGCGGAGGCGGGUGGGGGCGGAGGAAGAGGAGGAGGAAGAGGCGCUCCCGGUGCCGAGGGAGAGCGCUGGGCGGCCGGGCUGGUUCCGCCGAGGCGGCCACGGGCUGUUGGCGAGGCGGGGACGCCCCCUCCCCCCGCCUCCUGCUCUCCCCCCAUUCCCGGUACUGACCCUCACACCGGAGCCAAUAUUCCCGAAAUUAAGAGAUACGCUGCGGCGGCGGCGGCGGCUGGAGCUGCGGGGCCCGGGGCGGCCGGGACCGGAGGGGACCGCAGCGAGGCCGCCGCCGUCGCCGCCAUGGAGGCGCUGGGACCAGGGCCACCAGCCAACCUGUUUCAGCCGCCCCGUCGUCCAGGCCUGGGAACAGUAGGGAAACCGAUUCGUCUCUUAGCCAAUCAUUUCCAAGUGCAGAUCCCUAAAAUCGAUGUUUAUCAUUAUGAUGUGGAUAUCAAACCAGAAAAGCGUCCCCGGAGGGUGAACAGGGAGGUAGUUGAUACUAUGGUGAGACACUUCAAGAUGCAGAUAUUUGGGGAUCGGCAGCCUGGCUAUGAUGGCAAGAGGAACAUGUACACUGCACAUCCUCUGCCUAUUGGCAGGGAUAGGGUGGAUAUGGAGGUCACACUCCCAGGUGAAGGGAAGGACCAAACCUUUAAAGUGUCAGUUCAGUGGGUGUCUGUGGUCAGCCUUCAGAUGCUCCUGGAAGCUCUGGCAGGGCAUCUGAAUGAAGUCCCAGAAGACUCUGUACAGGCACUUGAUGUCAUCACACGGCACCUUCCCUCUAUGAGGUACACGCCAGUGGGCCGUUCCUUCUUCUCUCCCCCUGAAGGAUAUUAUCACCCACUGGGAGGUGGUCGUGAGGUUUGGUUUGGCUUCCACCAGUCUGUCAGGCCUGCAAUGUGGAACAUGAUGCUUAACAUCGAUGUAUCGGCAACUGCUUUCUAUCGUGCCCAGCCUAUUAUUGAAUUCAUGUGCGAAGUCUUGGAUAUUCAGAACAUCAAUGAACAAACAAAACCCCUUACAGACUCCCAGCGUGUUAAGUUUACCAAAGAAAUCAGAGGUUUAAAAGUAGAGGUUACUCACUGUGGUCAGAUGAAGAGAAAAUACAGAGUUUGCAAUGUUACUAGAAGGCCAGCCAGCCAUCAAACGUUCCCUCUGCAGUUGGAAAAUGGGCAGGCCAUGGAGUGUACAGUAGCCCAGUAUUUUAAGCAGAAGUACAGUCUACAGCUGAAAUACCCUCAUCUUCCAUGCCUUCAAGUAGGGCAGGAGCAGAAACAUACAUAUUUACCCCUUGAGGUAUGUAAUAUAGUAGCAGGCCAACGAUGUAUCAAGAAGCUAACUGACAAUCAGACGUCAACGAUGAUCAAGGCAACGGCACGGUCUGCACCUGACAGGCAGGAAGAAAUUAGUAGACUAGUGAAGAGUAACAGCAUGGUAGGCGGUCCAGAUCCAUAUCUGAAGGAGUUUGGAAUUGUUGUCCAUAAUGAAAUGACAGAGUUGACAGGCAGGGUGUUGCCUGCACCAAUGCUGCAAUAUGGAGGCAGGAAUAAGACGGUUGCUACACCAAAUCAGGGUGUCUGGGAUAUGAGGGGAAAGCAAUUCUAUGCUGGCAUCGAAAUCAAAGUUUGGGCUGUUGCCUGCUUUGCCCCUCAGAAACAAUGCCGAGAAGACUUGUUAAAGAGUUUUACUGAUCAACUGCGCAAAAUCUCCAAGGAUGCAGGGAUGCCAAUCCAGGGCCAACCGUGUUUCUGUAAAUAUGCACAGGGUGCCGACAGUGUGGAGCCCAUGUUCAAACACUUGAAGUUGACUUAUGUUGGGCUUCAGCUAAUUGUAGUGAUUCUCCCUGGAAAGACACCAGUCUAUGCUGAAGUCAAACGUGUCGGGGAUACUCUGUUAGGAAUGGCCACCCAGUGUGUUCAGGUGAAAAACGUGGUGAAAACCUCUCCGCAGACUCUGUCCAACUUAUGUCUGAAGAUCAAUGCAAAACUUGGUGGGAUAAACAACGUGCUUGUACCACAUCAAAGCUGCAGCAGCUGCUGGGUAGGGCAGGGCAGCUUGUCUGAGCCACGUGCGGUUCCAGAGCCUUUCCAGAAAAGGCCCUCUGUAUUCCAGCAGCCAGUGAUCUUUCUGGGAGCAGAUGUCACACAUCCGCCUGCUGGGGAUGGGAAGAAGCCUUCCAUCGCUGCUGUCGUAGGCAGCAUGGACGGCCACCCUAGCCGCUACUGUGCUACUGUGCGAGUACAGACUUCCCGCCAGGAAACUUCCCAAGAGCUGCUGUACAGCCAGGAAGUGAUUCAGGACCUGACCAACAUGGUGCGAGAACUGCUGAUCCAGUUCUAUAAGUCCACCCGCUUCAAGCCCACGCGGAUCAUCUACUAUAGGGGAGGUGUGUCAGAAGGGCAGAUGAAACAGGUGGCCUGGCCAGAACUCAUUGCAAUCCGGAAGGCCUGCAUCAGUUUGGAGGAAGACUACAGACCAGGAAUCACCUACAUAGUUGUUCAGAAAAGGCAUCACACAAGGCUGUUCUGUGCUGACAAAUCUGAAAGGGUGGGGAAAAGUGGCAAUGUUCCAGCAGGCACAACUGUGGACAGCACAAUCACACAUCCCUCUGAAUUCGACUUCUACCUCUGUAGCCAUGCAGGAAUUCAGGGAACUAGCCGUCCUUCUCACUACCAAGUCUUGUGGGAUGACAACUGUUUCACUGCUGAUGAAUUGCAGUUACUGACAUACCAGCUGUGUCACACUUACGUCAGGUGUACACGGUCUGUCUCGAUCCCUGCUCCUGCAUACUAUGCCAGGCUGGUAGCAUUUAGGGCAAGAUACCAUCUUGUGGACAAAGAUCAUGACAGCGCUGAAGGCAGCCACGUUUCAGGACAGAGCAACGGCCGUGAUCCUCAGGCGCUAGCCAAGGCAGUGCAGAUCCAUCAUGACACCCAGCACACAAUGUAUUUUGCCUGAUACGAAUCUGAGAGUCUGAGGCAGAAGCAGUAGCCCAGUUGGGCGGGCCACCAACCACUGGUGGUUAGGGCUCAUUUUUAUUUCAGGCUGUCCACCACCAGCAGCUUGGGACAGUUGCACUGAAUUGACGCAGCAACAUCCGAUGCAGGCGCAAUUGAGCCAUUUUUAUUUUGUGAUUUUCAGUAAAUAGGAAUUUCAUAGACAGUCUUUGCAUUGGACUGAAUUUUUACCUCAAAGCGCAAAAGGCUGAUCCUCGUAAAAAGAAAUUUUUAAAGGACUUGGCACGAAAGGUUUUUAUUGAAAUAUUUUGCUAAUCAAUUUUAAGUUACCUCCUUGUCCCCCCAUUAAGCUUAUCGAGAAGCUGAAUUCCUCCUGGGCUUCUUCAUACUGCUUAGUGAGUCUCCAGAUAUGGCAAAACAUCUUAUUCCACUGUUCUUCUGUGUGGGGCCAUAUAGACUUUAUAAAUGGAACUUUUACUGUAAACACCUUUCAACAACUAUUACUUUUCGGAGGUAUUGCUGUUUGUUUGUUUUUUUUCGCUUUGUUGUUAAGUUUUACUAGUCUUUUUGUAAAUCUCUCUGCAGUCGCGGGCUGCAGAACAAUUGCACUAUAACUGCGAAUUCAACUUGGUGGUUCUUGUUCUGUGAAUGUGUAACAUAAGCGGAUAGCAAUGCCCUCUGCUAGGUCUAGUAAAAUCAUAAAGGUUACACACAACUGCCACUGUCUGGUUCAGAAUGCUGAACUGCUUCCCCCUCUAAAAAGUAUGUGACUAAGUUCUAAAAGAUUAGUUUUAGGUAUUUUUCAGACAUUACGAAAGUGCCCAUUUUAUGCUGCUGUGUUUGAUGAAUUGAGGUCAUUUUUAAUACUCUUUUUCAUAGAAGGUUUUAACUUUGGCAAUAAUUUUUUUUUAAUACCCUGGCAGUAACUUUUCUAGCUGAAUACUUUACAUGAGUUACAGCCAACAUUCUUGUGUAGAUUGACUUGACUUUGCUGAAGAGGAAAUUUGUUCUUAAAUGGAUCAGAAAAGGCUCCCUUCAUGCUUUUUACAAAUGAUUAUUUUUAACUGUUUUAUAUUCACCAUUGGUCUGUCUAGCCCCUUUUUAUAAGCUUGGAAAGUGGGUGUUCCAUAUAUAGGGAAGGCUUUGCCAAUAUGUACAAUUGUGUAUAGUGUGACAGUAGCAAUCGAAGACUUUUACCAGCAUUUUAAAACUUUUGUUUCUCUGAGAGUUUAGGUUGCCCGCAUGUACAGCAACAUUCGCUAGCAUGUGUGAAGUGUACAUUUCAAUGUUGAUCUUGACCCAUUUCUAUAAAUUAGAACUUUUAUUUGCUUGGUUCUCUUCCACUAAAAUGUGUAAUGCAAAAAGCGGGGGUGGGGUGGGGCAUCUGCAGACCAUAGUAGUGCUGCCUUGAGACUAGCUUGUGAGUGUUAGCGCAAUAUGCUUUAAAUUCCUAGUUUUUAACUGAGAUGAUGCCACUGUGAAAGAUUGGGAUUUUGCCAAUAAUUGCACUCUAGUCUCUGAUGUGAGCAGGUGGUGUUGCAGAGUCAUGUGACCUUGUGAACGUUUGGAUCCAGACCUCAAGGUCAGCAAUAUGCUAUGUGGUUUAGAUUUUUCCUUCGGUCUUUUGAAAUAGAGCUUGUAGAUACUUGGAAAGUUUACAUUUCUAAAUACUGUCAGUCAGCUGUAUCAAAAUACACUUGACAUUAGUCUUCUGAAAGCAGUUUUUGUAAGCUCCUCUUAGAAAUCUCUCUCUUUCUCCUUCCCCCUCUCUCCCCCCCCUUGUGGGUUCUAGCUUAUAAAAUUUUAUUUCCCCCCCCCCCAAUCAAACAGGAGCGAAGCAAACUCUGCUCUGACGCAUAGUGUGGCCAGGCUUAGAUACUAGAUUUAUUUAAACGUAUUUAAGUCUUUGGUUUUCUUUUCCCCUUAAGAAUACCUCACUUGUGUAAUAAAUAUCAGGACAUGUGGGGAGGAAGAGUGCUGCUUCAGUUGGUCUGCUGCUUUUCUUUUCUUUUUUAAAAAAAAUACCUGUUCAGGGAGAAAAUGCAAGAAUCGAACUCCUGCUGGCCAACAAAUGGAGAACUAAGGCACCUUGAAGCGAGUAAGCACCUGGGUUAGUGUGUAGCAUGGUUUUGGUUUUUUUGCACUAGGUAAGGACGUGAAUUCGGAUAGAGGGAGAGAGUAUGUCAAGAAGAAAAAUGUAUAUUGUAACAUCAAGCAGGUAGCUUUUCCUAGCGCCAAGCACACCUAGUGCAUGUGGAGCAGAGAGAUUCUCUAAUUUGCCUGUCUUGCAGGUACGUCUGACUCUCUUGAACAUCGGAGUCAAGCAACAUGUUAAGUAUACUUACAAAACAAAAACAAAAAACAACACAUUUCCUGUUGGCCACUCUUCUUCCUUAUAAACAACAGUUUGAGCUUCUGGAUUGGGACAGGCGUGGUGGGGUUACUGUGCAGAGUGAUAGAAAAAGGCACCAUAUUUAAUAAGCACUGAUUUCUAGCUGUUGAGGAAGAAUCAGUAGUACAUUUUGUAUAUGACACCAGGUCAGGAAAAGGGAAGGCAUGGUUUGCCCAAACCAGCCUGGAAAGCAUAAUUGGGCCUGUGGGCCAAAAGUUCCCUACUUCCUCAUGUCAUUGUCACCAAAGGCAAAUCUGGAUCCCACCCUUCUGACACACACACCCCUUCUUUGGCUGCAUUUGCUAAAGAAAGAAAGUGACCAGUUGAAAGCAUGCUUUUUUAUUACUAAAUGGGUGCUUAACAUAACUUGCAGUUUGUCCAGAACUGCGUAGGCAGGAAUCUGAACUUGCCCUGGAAAGGGCUUUUCUGACUCACUUGUUCAUCAUAAAAUAGGCAGGACUAGAUGAAAUGAUCUUUUUUGUCUUCUAUCAAAACAAAACCCUGUUCUAAUCAUUAUAUCUUUCUUAUGUAUUACAGACCGCAGCUAUCUUUUGAAGUCUUCUGUAUUUAAAAAUUAUAUAUAUAUAAGCGGGAUUCUUUUUAAUGCAUUAAUGUCACAAAAAAUUAUCAUCCAAAAAUGUCUGAGCUUUUUUUUGCCAACUUUUGCACUUUCUUGGAAUUUUUCAUGAAUUUUCCUUUAAUUUUUGCCCCUGUUGGAAUUUUUUUCUGUGCAAAAAAAUGUUCAGUUAACUCUCUGUUGCUGAAGAGUGUGAUGAUGUCUUUUGGGGUGGGAGUGCUUAAAAGCUGAGGAUUUAUCCAAGGGGCUGUACGGGUGGCAACAGCAGCAAAAAAGGUCUUCAGAACUAAUGACUGCAAGAUCCAGAUGCAGCAACGCUGUUGUAUGGCAGAAUCUCUUGACUCUGCUCAUCUGAACUAACCUCACCCCCACCCUGAAAACGGGAUGAACUGAAUUGUUAUGCAUGUGUCAAUCAAUGGGAAGACGUGCAUUCUGUAGCUGUAGGUUCUUAUGGUGUUUGGUUUUUUUAUGCUUUAUCCUUUUGUUUAAAGCCUGUUGGCUAUUGUUUAGCUAUAUGUUGUGAAAGAUUCUCAAAUGUAGCAAAUUUGGACUGGGGCGGGGAGAAAGGGGAAUUUUUUUAGGAGCAAAAGGUGUUUAUAGAGCCAACCAAAGCACCAUGCUCUUUUUGCUUUCCCCCUAUCCUGUUCUGCUUGUUGUAAGCACUUAAAUUCGAAACUGAGGCUCUGAAAAGCUUUUGUUCUGUAGCGGAUUGGAGGUGCAGGCUGGGGUUGCUUGCUCUUUGCUUGAGGGCUGUUUAAAGAUGACACCCAAAGAGGCAUAAUCAAGGGAUGCAAAAGAGAUGUUCCAUGCAGUAUGUAUCAGUAUGAUUUAGAAGUGCCCCCUCCCCCCCACCCCGUUCUGCCCCACAUGACCCUUAUAUCAAAAGCCUUUAUCCACCUGUUGGGGAAAAGGCCAUUCUGACAGGUUAGCAAACCUCCAACCCCAACCUCCCACCCCCCACUCCCAAAAAACUACCCUUGUGGAUGUGUUGUAGAUCUUUUUACCCCCUUCUUGCUCAAUAGCAAGGCAGUUGCUCUGCUUUCAUUUUAGGAAAGUAGAGCUUGGAGGGCAUUGUAUCAAUACUGUUUGAACUGCAAGGUUUUUUCCCUUGUGCAAUUUGAGGAAAGAUCAUAUGUGAAUAUCACUUAAGAGUUUCUUUAUACCUUGCUAUUGACACAUUUUGGUGAUAUUUCUGUCUAGAGCCUGAAACAUGUAUGUAAAACUUGUUUGCAUUUGUUCAUUUUUGACUUCUGAUGUAUUUUUUUGUUUUGUUUCUAUAUUGUUAGACUUGUAAUGUUUUAAAUUGUAUUUUAUUAAAAUUGGACUGGAUGUAUGUCUAUAGCAAUACGAGGUACUUUUUUCUUUUUAAAAAACAAACACAACCCCUGUUGGUGGGGAAGGUAGGCUAAUAGCCUUCCUAUUGCGAUAAUAUGCUGGCUGUGUAUAACUGCAAUGUAUUUUUUUCUCUUUUUUUAGCCUGCAGGGAUUUUGUGUUCAUGUGUCCAAAAAAUAAAUAAAGGCAUUUGGGUGCCAAAUGUUCUUUUC